AGCCAAACACCGACAGCAGAAGACGGGCUAAAGACAACGGACACUCAUCCGAGCCGGGGGAAAUCAAGAGGCUGGGGGGUCCAAACUAAAGAGGAGCAAGUGUCCCACUGAAAAGGAGGAACUAGCGAGCUCGCCAUGGCGGACGUUGGUGAGGUUUUGAUGUCGGUUUUGUCCACAAUUCGGGUUCCGAAGCCCGGGGACCGUGUCCACAAAGACGAAUGCGCCUUGUCAUUUUCCUCGCCGGAGAGUGAAGGAGGCCUGUAUGUGUGCAUGAACAGCUUCCUGGGUUUUGGCAGUCAGUAUGUGGACAGGCAUCAUGCUCGGUCUGGCCAGAGGGCUUACUUCCACAUCACCCGGACUCGCAAGGCCAAGAAGGAAGAUGACAACAACUCCGGAUCUGGACACCCACCUAAGAAAAAGCCCACCAGAUUGGCGAUAGGGAUUGAAGGAGGUUUUGAUGUGGAGCAGGAGCAGUAUGAGGAGGAUGUAAAGGUGAUCAUUUUACCUGACAGACAGGAAGUGACAUCAGAGGACCUUGCUACGAUGCCUGACGUUGUGAGAGAGCGGGUGUCCCUGUCAAUGGCUGGUAUCAUGGCAGCCGAUUCAGUGUCUCACACCUUACAAGUUCAACAGUGGGAUGGAGAGGUGAGACAGGAGUCGAGGCAUGCUGCUGAUCUCAAACAGCUUGACAACGGAGUCAAGAUCCCUCCCAGUGGCUGGCGGUGUGAGGUGUGCGACCUCCAGGAGAAUAUUUGGAUGAACCUGACGGACGGAAAAGUGCUGUGUGGUCGCAGGUAUUUUGAUGGCUCUGGCGGAAAUAACCACGCCCUCCUCCACUUCCAGGAGACGGGAUAUCCUCUUGCUGUCAAACUCGGUACCAUCACUCCUGAUGGAGCAGAUGUGUAUUCCUAUGAUGAGGAUGACAUGGUGCUCGAUUCCAAGUUACCAGAGCACCUAUCUCACUUUGGUAUCGACAUGAUGACCAUGGAGAAAACCGAGCGAACGAUGACAGAGCUGGAGAUUGCUGUGAACCAGCGUGUGGGGGAAUGGGAGGUAAUCCAGGAGUCUGGGACCACCCUACGGCCCAUGUUUGGCCCCGGCUUGACUGGCAUGAAGAACCUGGGCAACAGCUGCUACCUCAACUCUGUCAUGCAAGUGCUCUUCACUGUUCCAGACUUCCAGAGCAAGUAUGUGUCUAACAUUGACAAAAUCAUUGAUGAAGCGCCAAGCGACCCCACCCAGGACUUCAAAACCCAAGUAGCCAAGCUCGGGUACGGUCUGUUGUCGGGAGAGUACUCCAAACCAGCACCAGACCCUGGAGAUGAAAACGGUGCAUCUGAACCCAGGGGAGACCAAAUCGGCAUAGCACCGCGAAUGUUCAAAGCACUUGUUGGGCGGGGCCACCCAGAGUUCUCCACCAAUCGACAACAAGAUGCUCAGGAGUUUUUAUUGCACUUCAUAAACAUGGUGGAGAGAAACUGUCGCUCUGGGGUAAACCCAUCUGAAGCCUUCAGGUUCCUGGUGGAGGAAAGGAUUGUGUGUCAGCAAUCACAGAAAGCCAAGUACACUCAACGGGUCGAUUACAUCGUCCAGCUGCCUGUGCCGAUGGACCAGGCCACCAACACAGAAGAGAUUCAUGAGGCAGAGCGCCGGCGUGAGGAGGGGGACUCAUCAGCCCCUACAGUGCGUGCACAAAUCCCCUUCACAGCUUGCAUGGCGGCUCUCAGUGAACCAGAGAUCCUCACAGACUUCUGGAGCUCAGCUGUGCAGACCAAGACUACUGCUACCAAAACAACCCGCUUUGCCUCUUUCCCUGACCACCUGGUCAUCCAGAUUAAGAAGUUCACCUUUGGCCUUGACUGGGUUCCUAAGAAACUGGACGUGAGCAUCGACGUUCCUGACACUCUGGACCUGAGUGCUCUGCUUGCAACUGGCCAGCAGCCAGGGGAGGAGCUUCUACCAGAGGUGGCCCCACCCCCACUCAUGACCCCAGAUGUGGAGGUUAAAGGUAUCCUGGGUUCCCAUGGCAACGAGGAGGACGACUCGCUCUACUCCCCACUGCUGUCUCCAGUCCUAGAUGAAUCCACUGUGCUACAGUUAUGUGAAAUGGGAUUCCCACUGGAGGCCUGCAGGAAAGCGGUGUACUACACAGGGAACACUGGAAUUGAUGCUGCCAUGAAUUGGAUCAUGAGCCAUAUGGAUGAUCCUGACUUCUCGGCCCCCCUGGUUUUGCCAGGCUGCAGCUCCGGUGCCGGGACUACACCCACAGAGAGCCUCUCCGAGGAGCACCUGGCAACCAUUGUCUCCAUGGGCUUCAGCCGAGACCAGGCAACCAAAGCACUUCGAGCAACGAGUAAUGUCCUUGACCGGGCAGUGGACUGGAUCUUCUCCCACCUGGAUGACCUGGAGUCCAUGGAUGUGUCUGAAGGCGGUCGCUCAGCAGCAGAAAGCGAGGGUGGCAGAGAUCCUCCGCCUGGGCCUCGCGUCAGAGACGGACCAGGCAAGUAUGAGUUGUUUGCAUUCAUCAGUCACAUGGGGACAAGCACAAUGUGCGGCCACUACGUCUGUCACAUCAAGAAGGAUCAGCAGUGGGUCAUCUUCAACGAUCAGAAGGUGUGUGCUUCUGAGAAACCUCCCAAAGACCUGGGAUACCUCUACUUCUAUCGAAGAGUGGCUGAAUGAGACACACA